AUGUCGGGCGAGGGGCGGCUGGGCCACGGCAAUGGCGGUGGCGGUGGCGGCGACAGUGCUGAUGGCGGCGGUGCGGGGCAGGCCGGGCCGGCGGCCUCUCCGCCACAUCCUGCCCUCGGCGGCUCGGCGCGGCCUCGGCGCUCCUCUCGGAGGCCCCCUCCCCGCCUCUCCCGGCCCUUCUCCGGCCCCGGGGCUCAGCUCCAGUCAGCGCCCAGCAGCCAGGCGCCGCGUUGUAGCCCCGCCUUUCCCAUUGAUGGCGGCAGCCGCCGGGCCGCCUCCCUCCGGCCCGCUCCCCCCAGCGGGGAGGCGCCACGGCGCGGAGUGACAGCGGCGGCUGCGGCGCACCGGGCGGGCGGCGGAGUCGCCGCCGCUAGGAAGCCGUGCGAGGAGGAGGAGGAGGAGGUGGGGGCGGUGGCCGGCGGCGGGGACCCCUGGAAGGAGUGCGCGGAGGCGGCGGUGCAGCUGGCGCUCCGCGCCGGACAGAUUAUUAGGAAAGCUCUAACAGAGGAAAAACAAGUGUCCACAAAGACAUCUGCUGCAGAUCUUGUAACAGAAACUGAUCAUUUUGUGGCAAGUUGAAUUAUUUCUGUUCUGAAAGAGAAAUUUCCUUCCCACAGGUUUAUUGCAGAAGAGUCCACUGCUGCUGGUUCAAAAUGUGUCCUCACUGACAGUCCGACCUGGAUUAUUGAUCCUGUUGAUGGAACGUGCAACUUUGUGCACAGAUUUCCGACAGUGGCAGUGAGCAUUGGAUUUGCUGUUAACAAAGAGUUAGACUUUUCAAACAUGGAAUCUGCAGAGAAACACUUCCAUGCUUUUCUGAAAAUCUGCCUGGAAGCUGUUGAAUUACUGGAAGCAACUGCCUACAUUGCAGAUAUCUCGAAGGCCUUAAUUUUAACAGAAAUUGGUCCAAAACGUGACCCUGCGACUUUGAAAUUGUUCCUUGGAAACAUUGAGAGAUUGCUCAAGGCCCAAGCACACGGGGUCCGUGUGAUCGGGAGCUCAACCCUGGCCCUGUGCCAUUUGGCGUCCGGUGCUGCAGACGCCUAUUACCAGUUUGGGUUACACUGCUGGGACUUGGCAGCAGCCACUGUCAUUAUUAGAGAGGCAGGUGGCACCGUGAUAGACACUUCAGGGGGACCGCUGGAUCUGAUGUCCUGCCGAGUGAUUGCUGCGGGCACCAGAGAGAUGGCUGUGUUCACAGCUCAGGAAUUACAAACCAUUCACUACAGACGGGAUGAUGAAAACUAA